AGUACACUCCAAGCCAAUGAAUUUCGCUCUCCGACCAGAACGAGCGAGCGUCGACAAAAUCUCGGACCAUCGACGCAUUGACUUUCCCCUGCUCAAAUCCGUCGCCGACAAUGCCGCGGGGCAACGGGGGCGCAGUUUCCGAGGUGUUGUUGUAAAAUUGUUCCAGUUUGAGAACAACUGAAAUGGAAGGUGACAUUUUUUCAGGCUUAGGUAAUGGAACGCCGGUUGAUGCCAAGAUGCUGCAGAUGUUCCAAAAGAGCUUUCUUCAGGUUCAGGGCAUAUUGGAUCAGAAUAGAUUACUGAUCAACGAGAUUAACCUAAAUCACGAGUCGAAGAUCCCGGAUAACUUGAGCAGGAAUGUAGGUCUGAUUAGAGAGCUGAAUAACAAUAUCAGAAGAGUGGUUGAUCUCUAUGCUGAUCUCUCCAGCUCUGUUACUAGGUCUGUGGAAGCUUCCUCCGAGGGGGAAUCUAGAUCAGAUGGUAAAUCCAUUCAGAAGAGAAUUAGAUCUGGAUAACCAGUGAAGGGAAGAUUCCCAUCAUUUAAUCUUUCACCAUAGAGUAGACCAUGCAAUGAACAGGGAAGGAUGCAUCAAAAUGUUGGAUGGUUUAAUCCAUAAGAACUUUAGGCACUUUCUCUUUCUUUACCUGUCAUUACUUGAAUAAAAACAUGACAGUCGUGCAGAUCUGUAAUUGUAAUCGAUGAAAUUCAUCUUAUAGUAUUUCAAUAUGGAGGUUCAUAUCAA